AUGACGAUGCCGGAGAGCUGGCGGAACUUGGGGCAGCGCGUGCAGGCGGCGGAGGCCUUGCUGAGGAAGGGGGAGCUGGAAGAGUCGCAUCUCUAUGCCUGCGAGAUGCGGCGGCUGCGGGAGCGAGAGGCCAACGAGUUCGCGCUGGACUACGGCUGUGAGGAGGGCACGAAGAGCCUUUGCUUGCGCCAUGCGCGAGACUGGCUGGCGCAGCUCUCCAAGUGGACCAUGUACUGGAACUGCCGCUCGGAUACCCGGCUACCACCCGGCUACGACGACGGGGUCUUUGUGGGGGGCCGUGGCAGUGGAAAGGGCCUGCAUGUUGACCAGGUGCUAUGGAGCAAUGUGGGCAAGCAGUGGCAGGGAUACAAGCUCAUGGUUACUUGGCCUGCAGGCACUUGGGAAGAAACAUGCGGCUGA